AUGCCGGCGUCAUCAUCGUCACAGCAAGCAGAAUCUCCCUCCGUCGACCUCGUCUCCACGGUAUCCUCCAUCCUACUCGCCGCCCAAGACCCAUCCUCCCCUUCCCUCGACCAAACACUUGCCCCAUUCCUCCCACACCUUUCCCCUGCACUCCUCUCUCCCAUCCUCUCCUCCGCCUCUUCUUCCCCUUCUCUCUCCUCUCCCGCCCCUCUCCUCCACUUCUACAACCUCUCCCGCACUCUCUUCCCCUCCGAUCCCUCCGCUCUCCUCCCUUCCCUCCUCGCUCUCCUCCCCCCUCUCGUUCGCCUCCGCAAGUUCUCUGACCUCAAAUCCCUCCUCCUCUCCUUCAUCUCCACUGACCGGCACUGCCUCCUUCACCGCCGCCUCAUCCGCUUUCCCCCUCGCCCUCUCCAGGACUUCAACCACCUACGCUCCCUCCUCGACACUGCCGUAUCGUCCUACUCCCAGCUCCGCCUACCUCAUCUCGCCAACCAGCUCUUCCAAACCAUGAAGAGCCGCCGCCUCCGCCCUUCCACUAUCACUGCUAACGCUCUUCUCUCCUCACUCGUCCGCUCGACCUCCCCUUCUUCAGUCCCGCUCUCCGUCUUCCACGACAUUGUCGACCUCGGGGUGUCCCCCACCACUCAUACAUUCAACAUUCUCGCCCACGGCUUCGUCUCCCGCGGCCAAUUUACCGAUGCCCUCUCCCUGUUUUCCACCAUGGAAGGCUUUGGAUGCUCACCGGACACCAUCACCUACAACACAAUACUCGACGGCUAUUGCCGGAAAGGCAUGCUUAAGGAGGCUCGUGACCUGCUUGCAGAAAUGAAGGGUAGAGAACUCUUGCCUAAUCGUUCCACCUACAAUACUCUGAUUGCUGGGUACUGCCGUGUUGGGUGGUUGAAGGAGGCCACAAAGGUGAUUGAGCUCAUGACCAGGUCCAAUUUCUUACCUGAUUUACGGACAUACAAUAUGCUAAUCUUGGGGAUGUGCAGGGAGGGUAGGAUAGAUGAGUCUUGUAGACUUAAAGAUGAGAUGGAAAAACUAGCAAUUUUGCCAGAUGUUGUUACUUACAAUACUAUUAUCAAGGGUUGCUUUCAGUGGCAGAGUGAAGCUAUUGCUUUUCGAAUGUUGGAGGAGAUGAGGAGCAAGGGGUUGAAGCCAAGCUUGGUCACCCAUAAUAUAUUGGUUAAACAGUUGUGCGAGGAAGGAAAAAUGGAGGAGGCAGUUUUGAAUUUGAAGAAGAUGGAGGAAGAAUGCACUAAACCAGACAAUGUUACUUAUAAUACUUUGAUCAGUGGGUAUUGUAGGUUUGGGAAUUUUGCUGAAGCUUACAAGUUAAUGGAUGAGAUGGUUGGAAGAGGGCUCAAGAUGGACACUUUCACCCUGAACAUUGUUCUAAAUGGUCUAUGCAAGGAGAAGAGAUUUGAUGAAGCUUCUGAGCUUCUUCGAAGCCCCCCAAAGCGGGGCUUCGUUCCUGACGAAGUCAGCUACGGCACUGUGAUCAAUGCUUAUUUUAAGGAGGAGAAUUUGUCUGAUGCACUGAUGCUUUGGGAUGAAAUGCAAAAUAAAAUCAUAAUCCCCAGUAUUGCUACCUACAAUGUAUUGAUUUCUGGCCUCUGCAGAUCAGAUAGGAUAGAGGAGGCCAUCAAGAAGUUGAAUGAGCUCAUGAGUAAGGGGUUGGUUCCAGAUGAUACCACCUACAACACAAUCAUUCACACUUACUGCAAAAAAGGGGAUUUAGAGAGUGCAUUCCAGUUCCACAACAAAAUGGUGGAGAAUUCUUUCAAGCCAAAUGUUUUCACUUGCAAUAUUCUUAUUCAUGGACUCUCCAACAAUGGUAUGGUGCAUAAAGCAUUGAAAUUUUUUGAAUCUUGGUUAUCGAAGGGGAAGAAGGUCGAUGUUAUCACCUACAAUAUUCUCAUUAAUGGCCUAUGCAAGGAGGGGAUGAUGGAUGCUGCAAUGAAGCUUUUUGCUGAUAUGGAGGCGAAGGAAGUGAAACCUGAUGCUUAUACUUGUCAUGUGAUUUCAUGUGCUUUAUCUGAAGCAGGGAGAACUGAAGAGGCUCAAAAUAUAUUGUCAAAAUUAUCUGAAUCUGAUAAACUACCAAAGCACUUCUCUUGGCCCUUGUCUGGAGAAGAUGUUUCAAAGGAGUCUGCGAAAGAGCCUGAGAGAAUUAUUGAUGGAAAUGUAGGGGAGGAUGAUAAAGCUAGCACAUCUGAAGCAUAUUCUGACCAGAUCAAUGAUCUAUGUAGCAAGGGGCAUUUCAAAGAAGCUAAACUUGUACUGGAGGAAAUGAUUCAGAAAGGUAUACCUACUAAUAGUUCAACAUAUAUCACUUUGAUGGAUGGAUUUAUUAAGAGGCAGAAAAGAAUGACAAAAGGACCAGGAUAGAAAAGCGGGCAAACCACAUUCGUGUACAUGCUCAAAGUGAAGCAAGAGGUUGGUGUUGUUCAUUGGAUCAUGGACAUUUGCUGCUUAGUGGGACUUUAAGUGUUCGUAAGGAUUAUGAAGAGAUCGUGCGCAUGCUCUUACAGGAUUUAAACUAAAUCUACCCAUCGAGGUUUAGGGUGGUUGGUGGGUGAGCACGGUUGGGAACUCCUCACCUUGGGUUCAAAUCUUCUCUACUACGGCCUCGCCUCUUUUAUGGGGCAAAACAAGUGUGGGCCCGAUACCGGUGGGUGGCCUCGCUAGGUUCCGCCGAGGAAUUAGUUACUUCACCAAGCUCUCCCUUUGGCCGCUGCCUUCAUGGAAGGAGUCAACAGGUUGACUGUUCUUCAACAACCAAGAGAUGGAGAUGUCUUUCCAGGCAAGUUUUUGCGUUUGUUUUUAAUACACCGGACAGUAUAUAGAUAAGAAAAACUUACAACUUGGUUUAUGAUUUCUUUAUUCAAAAUUCUUGUUUUGAUUGUUUCAGUCUUUGCUAUCUGUCUCGCAAUGAUUAAUUUAUAUUCAAUUAUUUUUAACCUUUCCCUUUAUGUUUUUUC